AUGCAACGAGAGUUCCUGUUGAAAGGCCUCGCGGUCUGCUGUUUCCUGCUUCUUGUGCAAAAUAUUUUUCAGUCCCUUGGUCGAAACGCGACGUCUUUCCCCAUGUUACCCGAUUCGACCUCUUGUUUCGUCAAUAAUGCAUCAUUAUUUUUGCCAAGAACUGAAUCAUCCAAACCGGCCAUUGAAAAAAGAGACCUUUUGUUGAGCGUUCCAUUCUACGUCUAUGAAGAUUUGGCGUGGAACGGAGCCACCCGUGGCGGAAAAUCGGUAGAGGAGAUUGCCAAUCCACCAUCGGAUAGUGCGAAAGGCAAAUCCAAACAUGGCAGUGACUAUUGGAUGUGGAAGGCCAGUCUUAAUGGUCAUCCCAUGCGCACCAAGAACAUGAGCGAAGCAAAGUUGUUUUUUGUGCCCUGGCUCAUGAACUUUUGGGAUUGCCGGGUGUGGAAAAAUCGAAGCCUUUGUGUCAAUGGUUUGUGCGACAUUGCUCUUCUUUUGGAUUCCUUGGACAAAUUGUUGGAUUCUCCGGCCUUUCAACAGUAUCCGGAUCAUCAUGUCAUCGUACGAUCCUUUUGGUCAGCGGCCCAUUACAGAUGGAAUGCAGAACAACUGAAACAGAACAAAGAAUUUCAACGAUUCUUGGAUGCCUUUACACAGAUGCAAGCAUUAGUAUUUGAAGGAAAGGACAUUUAUCCCAAUAAGGCAGCUGGGCGGCAUACCUUUACAUCCUAUCAUGUCGGCAGUCCCUGCCCAAUCUAUUCCGAAAAUGAUCAUGGUGGCAAGGAAAAACCCUACGAUGUUGGCAUGAUUGGCUCACUGCACAAGAAAAAGCAAGCCUUUAAGAAUCGGCGAAAUAUUUGCAAAUGGUUGGGCCAAAUCAACGACAACGACAACAACAACAAAAACAGUAAUGCUACUAUGAUUCGAGUCUCUGUCUGUGGAGAAGGCAGCCAAUGUCCUGCCUUGGCCGAAUCCAAAUUUGGCUUUCACGUUGCCGGUGAUACUUACUCGAGUCAACGACUCAUGGAUACAAUCUUGAGUGGAACCGUUCCCAUCUUUACGCAUUUACACCAAUACGAAUUGGCGGGGGACUGGAUCGAUUGGAGCCAGUUGUCGUACUAUUUGCCAGUCCACGAUGAUACGGGUGCGAAAAAGGGCAACAACACGAUUGCCGGUCCGACGCAUAAGGUUACCAUUCAUUCACUGCGAGCCGCUGCGGAUAGUGACAUUUUUGAAGAACGAUUGCGUGCCAUUCUAGAGGACGAGGCGGGGUAUCAAGCCAAACACGAAAAGAUAUUGGAACACAUUCCACUUUUUGAUUACACAACGCUGUAUCCCUUUGAUACCUAUAUGUACCUAUUCCAAGCCGAACUGUUUCCAGAAACCCGACAUCCAAUUGGAGCUAGUCGGUGGAGCGCCUUGCGAUUGCCGCCACCUCUUUUUGUCGAUCCACCACCACCACCACUACCUGUAUGA